AUGCCGCUUCCUACAUCAUCCAUUUAUGAGCCGCCAUCGGCUGGCUUCACUGGCUUCCCUUCACGAAGGAGUGUUGUCCAUAGCACUGAGGGAAUCGUAGCUGCACCUCAACCUCAUGCUGCGAAAUGUGGUCUUGAGAUCCUCAGGGCAGGUGGAAACGCCGCUGAUGCGGCUGUCGCAGUUGCUGCCGGUCUCAAUGUUACCGAACCUGUGUCAACUGGUAUCGGAGGUGACAUGUUUCUCUUGUACUUUGACGCUGCAACAAAACAAGUAAAGAGUCUCAAUGGGUCAGGUCGUUCAGGCGCAAAGCAGACCCUUGAGACCAUCCGCAAGGCCCUCAACAUUCCCGACGGCAAAAUUGGAGAAAUUCCAACACAUGGCGUCCACGCUGCAACGGUUCCCGGAGCUGCAGCCGGUUGGGUCGACACCGUUGAGAGAUUCGGUAGUGGGAAACUUAGUUUAAGCCAGAUUCUCGAGCCUGCUAUUAAGUUGGCCGAGAAUGGACACCCCGUUUCUGAGAUUGCCUCCCAUUCGUGGCAAGCUCAAGAGAAGCUUCUUCGUAAUGCUUCCCCCAAUUUCGCAGAAAUGCUCAAGCAAGAUCCCUCCGCACCAGACGACGGCGUCAGAGCUCCCCGUCCAGGAGAGGUCUUCAAGAACCCAACUCUUGCAAAAACUUUCCGCGCCUUGGCUACAGAAGGAAAGAAGGGAUUUUACACGGGUCGUAUCGCGGAAGAGAUUGUCAAGGUUGUGCAAGACCUAGGCGGAUACCUCGAACUCGACGACCUGAAGCACCAUCUCGAAACAGGCACGCAAAACACAGAUCCCAUUUCUGUCAAAUUCCGCGGUCAGGGUCUCGCGAGUAAAGAUCCCAACGGAGGUGUUGAGCUCUGGGAGCAUCCUCCCAAUGGACAGGGUAUUGUCGCGCUGAUGGCUCUUGGUAUUAUUGAGCAGCUUGAGAAGCAGGGCAAGAUUCCCACUUUCGGACCUGAAGAUCACAACUCUACGGUUUAUCUACACGCCAUAAUUGAAGCUCUACGACUGGGAUUUACGGAUGCCAGCUGGUACGUUACUGAUCCUGAUACCACCAAAGUACCAAGCGCUGGCUUAAUCUCGCCCGAGUACCUCGCCGAACGAGCCAAGAUCUUCGACGCGACAAAGGCCCAUGAUGGAGUUCAGCCUGGCAAUCCCGACUUUGUAUCACCGGCUCUGCGAAGUAGUGACACAGUUUACUUUACAGUCUGCGACGCUGCUGGUAAUGCUGCCUCGUUCAUCAACUCCAAUUACGCUGGUUUCGGCACAGCCAUUAUUCCCAAGGGAUGUGGUUUCACGCUUCAGAACCGCGGCGCAAACUUCUCGUUGGAUGAGAAACACCCCAAUAAGCUUGAGCCACGCAAGAGACCGUAUCACACAAUUAUCCCAGGCAUGGCGACGAAUUUGAGUGAUGGAUCCCUACACUCUGCGUUUGGUGUCAUGGGCGGAUAUAACCAGCCUCAGGGAACUGUGCAAGUUCUUCUGAACCAAGCCAUCUUUGGUCUGAACCCUCAACAAGCGCUCGAUGCCCCUCGAAUUUGUAUCGGUGCUGGUAUGCCUGAUGAAGGUAAUGUGCUGGACUGGACUGUGCAUGUGGAGGAGGGUAUCUCGGACAAGACUGUUGAAGAGUUGAAAGCUUUGGGACAUAAUGUUGUUGUGCUUAAGGAUUGGAAGAGGUCCAUGUUUGGAAGGGGUCAGAUUGUUAGGUAUACUGUUGAUCCUGAUGGGACACCGGUUUGGUCUGCCGGAAGUGAUUCCAGAGCAGAUGGUGCAGCGUAUCCUCAGUAG